UGGUCUGUCUGUAUAUAAACUCUGCCAACGGUCACACUAAAGGGGAGUGAAAUUGAUUUUCUGAUAAAAAUUUUCGCUCGGAACUUUGUGCGAAUCCUUUGGAGGCAAACUUUCCGUACAGGUUCCAAACAGGUGGACAGUCUAACCAGCAGACAGCGCACAAGAUGAUCGGCGGCCUGUUCGUCUACAACCACAAGGGCGAGGUGCUGAUCUCGAGAGUUUAUCGCGACGACAUCGGGCGCAAUGCCGUGGACGCCUUUCGGGUCAACGUCAUCCACGCCCGCCAGCAAGUCCGUUCGCCAGUGACCAACAUUGCGCGGACCAGCUUCUUCCACAUUAAGCGAGCGAACAUUUGGCUGGCGGCUGUGACCAAGCAGAAUGUGAACGCUGCUAUGGUGUUCGAGUUCUUGCUGAAGAUCAUCGAGGUGAUGCAGUCGUACUUCGGUAAGAUCUCCGAGGAGAACAUCAAGAACAACUUUGUGCUCAUCUACGAACUGCUGGACGAGAUCCUGGACUUUGGGUAUCCGCAGAACACGGACUCCGGCACGCUGAAGACCUUUAUCACGCAACAGGGCAUCAAGUCGGCCACCAAGGAGGAGCAGAUGCAGAUCACCUCGCAGGUGACUGGCCAGAUUGGCUGGCGCCGCGAGGGCAUCAAGUAUAGGCGCAACGAGCUUUUCCUGGACGUCCUGGAGUACGUAAACCUGCUGAUGAGCCCCCAAGGUCAGGUGCUCUCCGCUCAUGUGGCAGGCAAGGUGGUUAUGAAGUCGUACUUGUCGGGCAUGCCUGAGUGCAAGUUCGGCAUCAACGACAAGAUCGUAAUGGAGUCGAAGGGCCGCGGUCUCUCGGGCAACUCCGAGGCAGAAACUUCUCGAUCCGGCAAGCCGGUUGUGGUCAUCGACGAUUGCCAGUUCCAUCAGUGCGUCAAGCUGAGCAAGUUCGAGACGGAACACUCAAUCAGCUUCAUCCCGCCGGACGGAGAGUUCGAGCUGAUGCGUUACCGCACCACCAAAGACAUUUCACUGCCAUUCCGCGUCAUUCCGCUGGUGCGCGAGGUGGGCCGCACCAAAAUGGAGGUUAAGGUGGUGCUGAAAUCCAACUUCAAGCCUUCACUGCUGGGUCAGAAGAUCGAAGUGAAAAUACCCACGCCGCUGAACACUUCGGGAGUGCAGCUGAUCUGCCUCAAGGGCAAGGCCAAGUACAAGGCCUCGGAGAACGCCAUUGUGUGGAAGAUCAAGCGCAUGGCGGGUAUGAAGGAGACGCAACUCUCGGCUGAGAUCGAACUGCUCGAGACGGACACAAAAAAGAAGUGGACCCGGCCGCCAAUCUCUAUGAACUUCGAAGUACCGUUCGCGCCAUCCGGCUUCAAAGUGCGCUACCUAAAGGUGUUCGAACCGAAAAUCAACUACUCUGAUCAGGAUGUGGUCAAAUGGGUGCGCUACAUCGGACGCAGCGGCCUAUACGAGACGCGCUGCUAAAUCGGCCAGCGGCCAGCCAUUAAGGAGCAGAAGUAUCACAGUUGAAUUUAACGAAAUGAAAGGAGAACGUGCUACCGCAUCUAUUGGUAUUUCCUCAAUCAAAUUGAAACAGCAGUUAAUGUAUUCCAAGAUUAGUUCCAGCAAGGCCAGCGGGCGCCCGAAUAGCGGGUCCAUCCCCCGGAUCCCAUAUAUUGCCGUAAACCGCACACAUAGCCUUCGCGCGCACUGGUUAUGCGGGCGGAGUGUGUUCCCUAUAGACAUACCACUAGGUACUAUUAUUUACCCUACUCUAUGUAAUUGUAAACUAUGUUGUUUUAUACGCGUCGCGGGACGCCUCUCAAAUCUCACUCUCACGUUUCCACAAUUCUUAUUUGUAUUAUCGUAUUAUAAAAAUAUAUAUAUAUAUAUAUAUUAAUCAUUAUUUUCAUUGUGCAAAGAACAAAGGCGAUAAAUGCAACUAAACGUAUUUAAUAGACCAAAACUCUGUCAGCGCUAUCAAUAUUGAUAUUCAAUUGUUA